GCGCCAUUGCACUCCAGCCUGGUUCUAUGUUCUCAUUUUGGCCAAGACCUUUGGCCAAGGCUGGGAAUAAAAGAUUCUUUUCAAAAAGUAAUACUGAGAGAAAAUGGAAAAUGUGGACAUAAGGAUUUACAGUUAAGAAAAGGCUGUAAAAGAGUGAAUAAGUUUAAUGUGCACAAAGAAAGUUAUAAUGAACUAAACCAGUGUUUGAAAACUAACAGAAGCAAAAUACUUCACUGUGAUAAACGUGUGAAAGUCUUUCAUAAAUUCUUAAAUUCAAAUAGACAGAAGACAAGACCUACUGGAAAGAAACCUUUCAAAUGUAAAAAAUGUGGCAAAUCAUUUUGCAUGCUUUUACACCUAAGUCAACAUAAACAAGUUCAUAUUAGAGAGAAUGCUUACCAGUGUGAGGAAUGUGGAAAAGCUUUUAACUGGUACUCACACCUUACUAAUCAUAAAAGAAUUCAUACGGGAGAGAAACCCUACAAAUGUGAAGAAUGUGGCAAAGCUUUUAAGCAUUCCUCAACUCUUAGUAGACAUAAGAUAAUUCAUACUGGAGAGAAACCUUACAAAUGUGAAGAAUGUGGCAAAGCUUUUAAACAAUCCUUAAACCUUACCAAUCAUAAGAAAUUUCAUACUGGAGAGAAACCCUACAAAUGCGAAGAAUGUGGCAAAGCCUUUACCCUAUCUUCAUACCUUAUUAAACAUAAGAGAAUUCACACUGGAGAGAAACCCUACAGAUGUCAAGAAUGUGGCAGAGCUUUUAACCGACACGCACACCUUGCUAAACAUAAGAGAAUUCAUACGGGAGAGAAACCCUACAAAUGUGAAGAAUGUGGCAAAGGCUUUACCCUAUCCUCAUGCCUUACUAGACAUAGGAGAAUUCAUACAGCAGAGAAACUAUACAGAUGUGAAGAAUGUGACAAAACCUUUAGCCAGUAUUCAUAUCUUACUAAACAUAAGAAAAUCCACACUGGAGAGAAACCCUGUAAGUGUGAAAAAUAUGGCAAAGCCUUUAACUAGUCCUCAGUUCCUAAAAGACAUGAGAUAAUUCAUACUGGAGAGAAACUCUGCAAAGUAGAAAGAUGUGACAAAUGCUUUUGACAACACUUCAAACUUUUCUUUCCAUAAA